UCUGCUGUGGAGGGGGACAGAAGAUGAUGAGUGUUGAUGAUCCGCUUACGGUGACAUGUACAGCACCAGUGAAUAUAGCUUUGAUAAAGUAUUGGGGAAAAAGAGAAGAAGAUAAAAUUUUGCCGUUAAAUCCUUCUCUCAGUAUUACUUUGGAUGUUGCUGAUCUGCGAACAAAGACUACAGUAGUUGCGUCGAAACAGUUCGAUAGAGAUCGUCUGUGGCUCAACGGAAAAGAACACGAUAUCAAUAAUAAACGAAUGCAGACUUGUAUCAGAAAAUUGCGUCAAGGAGCGGAUGACCUAUGGCGUGACGGAAAACUCAUGAUUGCAAAAGAGGAGUGGAAAAACUAUCGAUUGCACAUUAUAUCAGAGAAUAAUUUUCCUACCGCUGCAGGUUUGGCUUCAAGUGCCUCUGGUUUAGCUUGUUUUGUUUAUUCGAUAGCACAGUUGUUGCAAUUCAAAGAGACCUUUCCAGGUGAACUAACAACCAUUGCUAGGCAAGGCUCCGGAAGUGCUUGUAGAAGUUUGCUUGGAGGAUUCGUCUUAUGGGAAAGUGGCACUGCCUUGGAUGGAUCAGAUAGUAUAGCGAGACAGAUUGCCACAGGAGAUAAAUGGAAGAGUCUUCGAGUUAUUAUAUUGAUAGUAAAUGAACAACAAAAGAAAACGAGUAGCACCGCUGGAAUGCAAACGUCCGUACAAACAAGUGACUUGCUAAAGGUUGGUGGUGACCGUAACAUCUUUCUCAUCAUUCGACUCAUCAAAGAAAAGUUUCGUGCAAAGGAAGUUGUAUCCAUGCAACUCUCUCGUAUGAGAGAUGCUAUUGAAAAGGCGGAUUUUCCAACACUAGCAACAGUAACUAUGCAAGAAAGCAAUCAGUUUCACGCUUGUUGCUUGGAUACUUUCCCUCCAAUUUUUUAUCUCAACGAGGUUUCAAAAGAGAUUAUUCAAUUUGUGCAUGAUUACAAUGCCGACAAUAAUGACAUAACCGUAGCGUACACGUUCGAUGCCGGACCUAACGCAGUGCUAUUGACGCGAGAGGAGAAUUUGGAAAAGUUAAUGAAUUCCUUACAUCAGAAAUUUGGCUUUUUUCCAGUAACACGAGAAGGUGUGACACGUUCCGUUUUUGAGAAUUCUCAAAGUGAUCGCAUUAUUCGAUCUAUUGUUACAAAAAUUGGAGAAGGACCCCGAGUCAUUACGCGAUCUAUAGAUCAUGAGGAGUCCCUGGCUACAAAAGAAGGAAAGCCAAAGUUUAUUUGUUAGAGCCAGUCUAAAAUGAUUAUAUUAAAGAAACAAUUUCAAUUCUUGAUUUCAUUUACGACAGAAUUGUAAAAAGGAAAAAUUAAUUUCUCCAACAAAUAUAAAAAGUUUUAGAAAAAU